AUGCCGCCCGUGUAUCGCGGACACGAUUUCCUUCGCCAGUGCAACCGCUGGAUGAUGGAAAUGACAGCCACCAGAGUUGGAUGGCUUGGCAGUGAGGAUGCUUUGCUUUCGCCCGACAAAUAUGAGAACCAAGCUGUCGCGGAAUUCAUCAAGGAUUAUCGAAACUCGGUCCAUUCGACCAGGGAGAAGGACAGAAAAUCUGUUUCCAUCAGCAAGGAAAGAACGAAAGAAGAAGAGCAGUAUGAGCUCGCAAAAUUUAUCGAUUCUUACACCUGGAGCCAGAAUCAAGAAGAUGAGUUGGGCACCUCUUGGGACAAUGGUGUAAUCAAGGCUGCAAUACAGCGCUUGCCGGAUCGUGGUACUCAUCUUUCCUCGGUCUUCAAGAUCUCUUUUCAUCUCUGCAACAUGGAUCCUCUAUCUCUACUAUCCACGUAUCACGACUUCGAAUCCGACAAUAGCGGUAGCGAUAGCUUCAUGCAUGCUGGACAAAUGAAGCGCAACCCCUUGUGGACGUUACAUUUCUGCGACAAGCUCAAGAGAAUCAUGACACAUCCUUUGUUCUAG